GCCCGACUGUACCGUGUAGGUCCGACGUAUCGGGUGCGAGUAUAAAACAAGCUCAAUCUGAUGAACUUACUUUUUCAGGACAGAUCUACGACUGGCAGAGGAACGCCAUUGCAGAAACGUUUGAGAAUCAGCCAUCGGUAGGACGAAAAAACGGGAUGUAUGCCACUCGCACGUACCGCUGCUGAAAUCGGCUAGCAUGGCCCCUGUCCGAGUGAAUUUCACAGUCGAAUAUGGCGCUGGUGGGUAUGGAAGAUGCAGACAGCAACGCAGUUCCAAUGACCGUCGCAUCAAUCGAUAGCACUGCACGGCAAGAUAACGGGAAAAGGAGAUAUCAAGAGGUGCAACAUGGUCUAGAUCAAGACCUGCCACAACGCAAGAAGAGAAACGUACCACUACCCCUGCCCCUGCCCCUGGACAAGGGAUCUAGCGAAUAUAUCGCUACAUUACUUCCACCAAUGUCCAAACUCGUCAGCUCCUCUUGUCUGGCUGCGGAAAAUGAAGCGGCGGACGAAGUGACUCCACCAGCUCCUUCCCAGACCGGUCCUUCUUUGAGAACAGAAUCAUUGAUCAUGGGCCUAGCGAUACCGCAGUUUAAGCAUUCCCUAAGCUGGACGCGGAAUCCUACGCGGGUCAGAAGUAGAAGCAACUUCGGCUUCAACACAGGGAGCGUCAAUGAUAGAAGCAAGACAAGGCAUACCGAUCACCCGGUUACACCCGUCGUGGCGAUAUCACCUGCCUUCAGUGAUUCGCAACGAUCAGCGGUAGAUGCUAGGAUUACACACCCUGCAUCACCAGUUAUACCGGAAGCUAGCUCUACAAACGAGGGACAAUCUGGGACCAGCCCGAAUUCUGCUAUGCGAACUUCAACCCAGGACCGUCCUUCUGACAGGAAUGCAUUUAAUGCUCUGACAAAUCUUCUUCAGGAUUAUAGGCAAAGCUCGUCGGAACCAUCCAGCGAUGAUAAUGAUGAUGGGAACGACCCAACUCCAGGACAAGUCAGGGAAGAUGGCAACAUUGAUACGGAUUCAAGCCAGGAUGAUAGUGAUGAUGAUUUGGAUGAUCUCCCACCUGAACUGCCGGAGUCGAAUUCUGCUCAACACGUUCCUGCCUCUGAUCAUCAACCGCCCUCGGCCGAAGAUCAAAGUGCUAUUCAGUCAGUGUCACCAAACAUUCAGUCCGUGUCAGGGCUGCAAUUAACAUCAGCACAUCAGCCCAGUUCUUCAGUGGUAUUUGUUACACAUCGGGAACCAGUAGACAACACAGGCGGUAAUACUCAACCAGCACCACAGGUGCUUGCCUACUCCACAGCUAACGCUGUAGCAGGUAAUGUAGGACUGCCUAGCGCUGUUUCAUCACAUCCAGGGUAUGUUCAACCUGCUAUUUCACACUCUCCAGCAGGAUCACUACCAAUGGUGGCAGGGUCACAAGCUAACGUUAUGCAGACUCCAGUGAAUGCCAGCUCUGCAGCACCCCCGACCACGGUACCACAGUUCAUGCAUCCAGGAGCUGCGAGGUGUGUGCAGUAUCCAAUUGCUGCCUUUCCACCAUUGCAGCAGCAGCAUCCAGCCAUGCCAGCCCCUCAGCAACAUCCAGCCGUACCAGCCCCUCAGCCGCAGCAGCAGCAAUUGCAACCACAGCAGCUUAACGGAGGUCUUCCGAUCUUUUCCGUUGUUCCUCAACACCUCCAAGCAUCGCCUCAGCUUUCCCAGACGUUUGCACCAGGCCAGACUGGCAAUCCUGCAUUGGACAAGAUGAUUUACAACCAAGCUAUGGCACUGCUGGCUAUGAAUCAACAAUUCUACACCAGAGCACACCAAUAUGCUGGUUUUCUUCCACCAAGCACGAGUAACUAGCAAUAGAAUAGAACCAUUGCUGUUAUCUCAUUAGAAGGGAUCAAGCACUAGUUAACUCUCAUCAUGUGAUGAGGGGAAUCGCUAUUAGUGUAAUCGCGGUUCAACCCCAAUCUAGUUCGGAUCGGAGGAUUGCAAGUUCUUCAGUUUUCUCGCAGCAUUUUAUAUUUAAACUGCAUUGUAGUCAUAGCGUCACAGGAAUCUUUUCACCUUGCUUUUCCUCAGGCGUCCCUUGUUGCCGUUCAAAUUUGAGCUGUAGCAUGCAGUGGCCCCAUUCGCUGACUGUUAUGCUCGUUCUCUUGCACCCUGACUAUGCUUACUGCUCAUUCCUUCGGCUUGAAUACUGUACAUCACGUUUUAGGACCUCAGUGCUGCGUAACACUGAUAUUGUAUAGGACAGCAAUUACGAAGGGGGUUGAGGCAGACAGUGGAUUUCUUUGCACUACAAUAUCACGAA